AUGAGCUGCAUGACAAAGAAUCUGCAGGAGUUGGUGAAGGCCCUCGGCGAUGUUCGCGGUUUUGAUAGACUUUUGCAAAAGGUAUGGGAGGCGAAGCGGCGGCUUGUAAUGAAGGGAAAGAAAGCCCCGUGCUUGGUGCGCGGUGAGCGGGGAAUAGUAUUUCCCGCUCGAUUCUGUGGGACUGCGCUCAUAACUGUUGUCUCUGCUACUCCUGGGAAAGUGAUUUGUGAAAUGAAAGUAGAAGAGGCGCAUACCAAUAAAAUGGGCACUCUCCAUGGGGGUAUGAUAGCCACCUUAGUGGAUAACAUAUCAACAAUGGCUCUGCUAUUCACAGAGAGGGGAGUCCCUGGAGUCAGUGUCGACAUGAACAUAGCGUACAUGUCACCUGCUAAACUAGGAGAAGAUAUACUGAUUACAGCACAUAUUCUGAAGCAAGGAAAAACCCUUGCAUUUACCUCUGUGGAUCUGACGAACAAGGUCACAGGAAAAAUAAUUGCACAAGGCAGACACACAAAACACCUUGGAAACUGAGAGAACAGCAAUGUCACCUGAAGAAACCCAACAAUGAAUAUCAAGUGUAAAUUUGACUUGAACAAAUGUAAUUUU